AUGGUACGCGCACCAAAUCUCCGCUCUGAGACUGAACUUCGGAUCAUGGCGAAUGGACUGGGCUCCUCGAAAUUGGUUGACAUCUCUACGGCUCUCUCCACGCAGGGAGUUGUAUCUGUAAUUGGGGUGGUGGUUGAUGUCUUCCAGGGGCCCUGGAGAUCCAAAGGCACAUCUAGUUGUACCACGUUCACCCUUAAAGACUCAAACCUGAACAAUGGUCACACAUGGGAUGGACUGAAGGUUAAAUAUUUUAGAGAUAAUGAAAGUCAGCUACCCCCUGUACGGGAAGGCGAUGUAAAGAAAUUUAACGGAAAGCCAUUGGGAGUGGCUGCUCAGGCCGAUGAUAUCCCAUGGGCUGUAUUCCGUCGUGACUCCGAUCCAAAUUCUAGUGCCGCGCCAAUGUGUGGCCCGACGCCUUUUGAGCCAUCAGCGAUUGAGAAAAGACUUUCGUUGUCUCUGUUAGAGCUUAGUUUUAACAUCAAGAGGUUCCGGAUCUCUUCCUCCGAGACGUUGCCUCCGCAGUCCUACUCGGCCGGGCCAUCGGCUUCAAAGACCAAACAUACAUGGAACAAAUUCACGCUUAUCCAGGAUGCCCAGUAUGAAACAUACGUGAACCUUGUAGGAGAAGUUGUCAAGCUUUAUCCUCAUGGCGGUGAUAAAGCGCUCAUGUACGUUACUGAUUACACAACCAACAAAAAUCUACCUGAUCAUACGUACGAUGAUGAAAAAGACUGUGGAUUGGAUUCCUACAGCUUUGAACGUUUCAGCAAAAGACGGUGGACUGGGCCGUCCGGCCAAAUGUCCCUCUCAGUAACAACCUGGGAACCGCAUGCAACCUUUGUCCAUCAAAAUGUCAAAGAAGGGGAUAUUGUCCAGCUGAUGAAUGUUCACAUCAAAAGAAGUAAUUUGAGAGACAAUAUGGAGGCUGUCAUUCACGGCGGCAAUUAUAAUAACCGUACAUUCAAGGUUCGCAUAGUGAAUGUUGAAAAAGAUGAUCGAGCUAAGGAGCUCUUGCGUCGGAAGGAAGAAUACUGGAACAAGAAGAAACGCUCGAAGAGAAAGAGCCAAGCAGGAAACGAGGCUACGAAAGCUCCCAAAAAGUCCAAUAAGAAACAGAAGCAGAAACCAGAAGCAAAACAAGAGGAGAGCCAAACGUCGCUCGCCAUCAAAAAACGAUACGCUACCAAUAAAACCAUCGUAGCUGGCAAUCCUGGCUGCAGUAACCGAUCCAUCGAGGACAUCAUUACCAACAAAUCUCAUAACAAUAUCGCUCCGUACAACAUUGAAUACCGCUUUCCAUUUCAAAAUCUUUGCUACCGAUCCACUGUCCGUGUCGUUGAUUAUUUCCCUCCAAGUCUUGAAGACUUCGCUGUUCCAAACCAAGAGGACACCAAGCGCCGAGUUUCGAACAAUUACGAAGACUUCGACGAGGGCUUCACCGGAUGGGAGUGGCGAUUUUGCCUUCUUGUCGAAAGCUCUCCCCCACCCGCUCCUGGACAGCCGAAAGAGCAAAUGAAACUUUUUGUUUCUAGUCACGAUGCAGAAUAUCUGCUGCACAUGGACGCAACCGACCUGCGCAAAAAUUCAGUACGAUUAGCACAACUCAGAGAAAAGCUCUUUCUCCUAUGGGGCAACCUGGAAGAGGAGAAGCGAAAGUCUGCCGAACAGACUACUCUGGUCCCACAUAAUCCUAGUACUCUCUCGUCGCGGCCUUUCACCUGCUGCAUAAAGGAGUAUGGAGUUAUUUGUUCUCACCGUGCGAACACGAAGACGGACCCCGACAAUAUGUCGAGUGAUGAUGACGAAUCGUCUUCUUGUAGCCACGAUGGCUGUUUUGGCUGGGAUAGACGGUUCGCGAUGUUUUACACGAGUAUACAACAGUGA